CCUCCUUCCUUCUUUAUUUUUUUGUGUCUUCGUCGUUCUACAAUAUUAAUGGCCUCUUUGAAGUUGAAGAAAAGGGAUAAUGGCGCUGAACCCGACAAGAAAAAGUUGGUCAUUGCCGGAAUUCGCCACCAGUUACUGCUUCUCCUUCGCCGCCGUCACCGUCUAUUUCCGCUUGUAUCUGCCGUCUCCGGCUUUCUCCUCCUCAUCCUCUUCUCAUUCUCGGCCCUUUCUCCUCCUCCAUUGAUCCAUCACAACAAUCAAGUGGCCGUGGAACCCAAUCCAGAUCCAACCACCACUCCAUUUCGUGUACCCGAAAAUGGCGGAAGGUCGGAUCGCCAGUUAUGGAGCUCGAGAUUGUCCAACUUCUACUACGCCUGCAGCAAUGCAACUGACACCUUUCAAGUUACGGAUAAGACAAGGCAAACCAAUCGGUAUUUACUUAUCGCGACAAGCGGAGGUUUAAACCAGCAACGGACAGGGAUAAUAGAUGCUGUAGUUGCCGCAUACAUUCUAAACGCCACUCUUGUGGUCCCUAAACUUGACCAGAAGUCGUACUGGAAGGACACCAGCAACUUUGAGGAUAUAUUUGAUGUUGAUUGGUUCAUUUCGCAUCUCUCCAAAGACGUCAAGAUCAUCAAGGAGCUUCCUAAAGAAGAGCAGUCAAGAAUAUCCACCAGCCUACAGUCAAUGCGUGUCCCAAGGAAAUGUACACCUUCUUGCUACUUGCAGCGUGUUUUGCCCAUUCUUAAUAAGAAACAUGUUGUACAACUCUCCAAAUUUGAUUACAGGCUGUCCAACAAUCUUGAUACAGAGCUCCAGAAACUGCGUUGUCGAGUGAACUACCAUGCGGUGAGAUAUACAGAGUCUAUCAACAGGAUGGGCCAAUUGUUGGUUGACCGGAUGAGAAAAAAGGCCAAAUAUUUCGUUGCCCUUCAUCUCAGGUUCGAACCUGAUAUGCUGGCCUUCUCCGGAUGCUAUUACGGCGGUGGUCAAAAAGAGAGACUCGAACUCGGAGCUAUGAGAAGAAGGUGGAAAACGUUACAUGCGGCAAACCCUGAAAAGGUACGGCGGCACGGGAGAUGUCCCCUGACGCCAGAGGAGAUUGGUCUGAUGCUCAGAGGCUUAGGUUUUGGGAAAGAGGUUCACUUGUACGUUGCAUCAGGCGAGGUAUAUGGAGGGGAGGAUACAUUGGCACCCAUAAGAGCUCUGUUUCCAAAUCUCCAUACGAAAGAGACACUGACCUCCAAGAUAGAACUGGCUCCGUUUGCGAACUUCUCAUCACGCAUGGCUGCUCUUGACUUCAUUGUCUGUGAUAAGAGCGACGCAUUUGUCACCAACAACAACGGCAACAUGGCUAGAAUCUUAGCUGGGAGAAGGAGAUACUUGGGGCACAAAGUAACCAUCCGUCCAAACGCCAAGAAACUCUACGAGCUCUUCAAAAAUAGACACAACAUGACAUGGGAUGAUUUCUCAUCCAAGGUCCGAAGAUACCAGACGGGUUUCAUGGGGGAACCAGAUGAAAUGAAACCAGGAGAGGGCGAGUUCCAUGAGAACCCAGCCUCCUGCAUUUGUCGAACCUCUGAAGCAAGAGUCGUGGAAAAAAAAGCAAAACAUGUAAAUGAGGUUGACUCAUCGGAGUACUCAGACAUUGGCAAUGUCCCCAUAGCCAGUAGAAGCGAUUUGGAUCACUCACAAGUUGAUGAAGAGAUCUUCUGAGACUAAGCUCAUGUUUUUCAAUCAGCAUUGUUUGCCAAUAGAUAAAUUCUUUUCUU